UUUCCAUUCUGCUGGCCUCCCGCAACGCGCUCAGCCUCGGGGGUCUCGAACUUCUUGGGGUGGUUGGGAGUCGCGGCUCCUCCUCCCCACCGGCACACAGCGCCGGAGGGACUGAGGCCGCCCGGGUCUCUCCGAGAGCCUCUGUCGGCUCCGCCCGCGCGGGUUGGGGGCGGGGUCGUGGCUCAGGGACCGCGGAGGAGGCAGGGCCUCUUCUCCCUCCGGUGUGCUCCUCUUCCAAAGCUACCAGACCGCUUUGCCCCUUCUCCAGAGGAGAAACGUGUACGCAGUGGUGGAAAACGGCCGCAGUGCCCUCUUUUCACUGACCUGGGGAUCGCGGGAGGUUCUGGUGAGCAGUGGACGGAAAUGCUCUCUCUGGCUGUGGGCACCCAUUAUUGACGUUUGACGAAUUAUUCAGGUGUUCCCUUGUCGCACACUGACCAUUUGUUAGUAUUUUGCAUGCGUAGUGUACCUCUUUCUACAUCUUUCUCCAUGUGUAUAGUUAAAUGUUUAUGAUAAGCUCUUUGAAAAUAAGAUUAAAAUAAUUUGCAGGCAUGAUAUUCGACCUUUAGUACUUGGUUAAUUGCCUCACACGUAAGAACAAAGGAGUUAUGUAAUAACUCCUACAAAUUAAUACCCAAGGUGAAAAAUGAGCAAGAGGUUUGGAUAGGCUCUUUAAUAAAAGAAAAAAAUGCAAAUAGACAACAAAUACAUGAAAAGAUACUUCAGAUCACUAGCAACCAGAGAUUUGCAAAUAAAAACCACGGUGUAAUACUACUGCACACACUAAAUAUCUAAAUAAAAGUAAAACUAAAAAAAAUGGCAGUGCCAAGAGUUAAUGUAUCAAGUGAGAUGUGCAUAACUGCUAGUGGAAACACAUUUUCAAAGUAUAUCAACUAACUUACACACCAGUACACACACACUUCUGCCAAUUCAACAUAAACACUAUUUGUAACAACAUUAUUUGAAAUAUCCCUAAAUUGGAAAUCCUCCAAAGUUGAUCAAAGGAUGAGUGGAUGAAUUGUAGCAUAUAUUUUUUGUGGGAUACUCUUUAGUAAAAGGAAGGAGUACAGAUGCAACAACUUGGAUGAACGUCACAAAACAUAAUGUUGAAUGAAAGAAGCCAGACAUAAAAGAAUGCGUGCUGUUUGAUACUCUGUCUUUAAAAUUCAAAAACGGGCAGAACACUCUAGAGUGUUAAAUGUCAGGAUAGUGGAUGUAGUUGGGAGGCAUGGAAUGAGUGAUUUGGGAAAGACCAGGAAUAUGUCUGAGAUGCUGGAUUUGGAUGUGUUCUACUUCUCAACCUGAAUGAUGGUUACAUGGGGCUGUUCAUUUCUUAAUACCCUAUUGCGGUUUUUAUUCAUGAUUGCCUCCCUUAGUUGUAUGUAUGCUGUAGUUUAAUAAAAGAAGUUUGAGAAGUGGAACUAAGCAUGCUACUUCAUAAGAUUGAGCAAGAAAUAAAGAAGUAGAAGAAAAUGUAUUGAAAGGGUGAAUAAAAAUAAAACUAAUGAUGGAAAAAAGUAGAACUGAUCAAUAAUAAGAAAAGGUGAAACAAUGCACGAUAUAUUUAUAUACUAGUCUUUGUGGUUAACUGUGAGAUAAUAUGGAAAGCCUUUAGUUUCAACAUUAAAAAAAAGAACCAACAACCCAGUGACAUGAUUCAGAUGCUGUUGGAGUGGCUAACAUGAGAAAUGUUAUUUUGAGUUUUUCUAAAAUUAUGAUAUUUCAAGGGUGGGUGUCUUUGGGUCAAAAUUUGGGCACUACUUUUGAAGCAAGUGAGGUAUCAAUUAUCACAGGCUUCUGAAGUGAUUAUUUCCCAGUUCCGUCUUUAUCCUACCUCUAACUAGCCUUGUCUCUGUAUCAGGAGUAUAUUUGUAUAUGUGCAGUACUCCUUAUACUUUAAUGGGAUUGAUUCUUUAUACUGCAUAUCACCAACUGAUGAUUAUCUGUUUAUUACCUGCAUUACCAGAUUGAACUGUGAGAUCCCUAAAAACUGUUCCCUUCUCAUUGCCUUGUACCUGGCCUGGCAGAAGGAAGACCCGUACUAAGUAUUUGCUAACUGAAUGAAGGAAUAAGGGACAGAAGGUGGCAAAGUUUCCAAAUCCAACAAAGCUCCUACAGGGGUAUUCAGAGGGACUUCUCAUUUCAUGAAACCUUUUGUAUUUCUCAUCUCCAUUAUGCCUAGCAGAGGAUGUGGACUGAAUUCUGGUCAUGUCAGGAAUAACAACCACCACAGGAGAUAAGGCUCUUGCCAUUCCAGUAUGUGUCUGUCUGGCUUUUCUGAUGGGUGACUUGAGACAGCUAUUAAUACUGUGUGAUCCUCCAUUUUCUCAACUAUUAAAUGACAGUUAUUAAUACCCAAUUUGGAGGGUUGUUAGGGCAGUUAAAGGAGUUAUAUAUGUAGAACAGUAUAUAUUGUAGAACAGUCCUCAGUAAAUAGAGGUUGGCAUUAAUAUUUGCAUGGUAGGAUAUUCGGGUUUCUAAUGGCUGUCACAUGUUUCAUCUGCACAGAGAUGGCUAGAGAGUGGUGUUUGAUGAUUGAGGGAAAAUGUCUGUUGCUUAAUGAUGGAUAUUGUGAACCAGUUACCCAGACACUCCAGUAUUCAAAGAGAAAUUGAGAUCAAGCUCUUAAUUUAAACUCAGAAGCUUCUCUGAAGUGGUCUUCAGAGUGAGAUAUGGAAUAAUUUGGAAACGCUAUCAGAUCACAGGAUGGAAGCCCUUGAUGUGAAUCAGGUGUAUGGUGAGUUCUUAUUGAUGCUUCUUUUUAUGUAGUUCCUUCACAAGUGGCAGAUCCAGUGCUCAGUGCUCAGAGCCUGAGCGAUGGUGCAGUGGGCCAUAGAAGAACAAUGGAAAUGAGUAGAGCAUGUAUAAAAGUCAGUUUCCUGGGAUUUGGGAGGCAAGAAGGUGUGUGUGGUGUUUGAGAGAAUAACGUGUUCAUGAAUUCUUUUGUGUCAGACAGCUCUGUCUCUCUCUACUGUAAUUUGUGUAACUCUAAGGUAGAAUAUUUAACCUGUUUCUUAUGGGUAGCAAGAUCCAGAAAACCAUUUUUUGCUCCAGGUAACUCAGCACUGUGCCAGUUUAUGGAAUUAGUGUGUUUGUGGUAUGUUCUGUGCAUGGUGUGGAAUAGCUUAUAAGCAUGUUAUUACUGGAAUUGGAUUGGCUUCCCAGUUCAUGGCAUUCUUCUCUCUGAGGUUAUCUUUCUCGGAACCCUUUCUGUCUUCCUGAGGGGAAGAUUGAGGAGGCAAAGAUGGUGGCUGGGUUACUGAUGGAUUCUUCUCAGUCUUUCAUACAUCUUCCUGAGAACCUCAAAGAAGACAGUGGUUAGCUGAAGCCAGUAUGUAUUUGAUGGUUUAGCACUUAGUGACCUUCGAGGAUGUGGCUGUGACCUUUACCCAGGAGGAGUGGACUUUGUUGGAUCAAACACAGAGAGAUCUCUACAGAGAUGUGAUGUUGGAGAACUACCAGAAUCUCAUUAUAUUAGGAUAUGAAUCAUGCAAACCUGAUCUCUACUCUCUAAUGGGAGGAGCAGAAGAGCUGAGGACAGGAGGGAGAGGAAUUCUGCAGGAAUUGGAUUUGCAGCUCAAAACUAAAGUUUUCACAGCCCUUCAGGAUAUUUCUUUGGAAAAAACAUCAAAUGGAAUACAUUUGGAGAGAAGCAAUGCUGGAGCGAAACGAUAUGGCUCUGACUUGUGUGGAAGAGUGUUUAGUGGACACUCAUUUAUGACUCACAGUAGACAGAAAACUUCUAAGGGUAAUCAGAAUGGAAAGGCCUUUAAAAAGAACUUUAUUUGUACUCUGCUCAAGGAAAUCCCCAUUGGGGAGAAAACUUCUGAGAGUGUCGAGCACGAUAAAGCCUUUGGUCAGCUUUCAGAUCUUACUGGGCACAAGAAAACUCAGACACGAGGGAACGUGUGUGAAUGCAAAGAGCGUCAGAGAACUUCUGUUAAUCAGUCACCCCUUAAGGCACACAGGAGACACCACACUGGAGAAAAACCCUGUGAAUGUAAAGAAUGUGGGAAGGUCUUCACUCAUUCCUCGUACCUUACAGAUCAUAGAAGAAUUCACAGUGGAAAAAAGCCCUCUGUGUGCAUGGAAUGUGGGAAAGCCUUUACUCGAUCCACAGGACUUAUUUUACACAUGCGAAUUCACACUGGAGAAAAACCUUAUGAAUGUAAGGAAUGUGGAAAAGCUUUUAUUCACUCUUCAUACCUUACAAAACACGUAAGAAUUCACAGCGGAGAAAAGCCAUAUUUAUGUAAGGAGUGUGGGAAAACUUUCACUCGCUCCUCAGGACUUGUCUUACAUGUGCGAACACACACUGGAGAGAAACCCUAUGUGUGUAAGGAAUGUGGGAAAGCCUUUAAUAAUUCUUCAAUGCUUAGUCAACAUGUCAGGACACACACUGGCGAGAAGCCAUACGAAUGCAAGCAGUGUGGGAAAGCCUUCACUCAGUCUUCAGGCCUUACCACACACUUAAGAACUCACACUGGAGAGAAGGCCUAUGCAUGUAAAGACUGUGGGAAAGGUUUUGCUCGUUCUACAAAUCUUAAUAUGCACAUGCGAACGCACACUGGCGAAAAACCGUACAAAUGUAAAGAAUGUGGGAAAGCCUUUAGGUACUCCACGUGCCUUAAUAUUCACAUGCGAACUCACACUGGAGAGAAACCAUAUAAAUGUAAGGACUGUGGGAAAACCUUCACUCAGUCUUCGGCACUUGCUAAACAUUUAAGAACUAAGGCAUGUGGAAAAACCUGUAAAUGUUCUCCAGAUCUUAGUAUUCACAUCUAAACUCAUCUGGAUAAAAAGUACCUUAUGAAAGUAAA